AUUGUCUCGCGCGAGCGCGCCCCAGCAGCGAAUUUCGGGGCAGCCGUGGCCGGGAAGAGGAGUUGCAUGUGUCGCUUCAGCUGGCGGGAGCGGAGGCGGCGGGGGCCGUGCGACCGGCUGGGUUUGUGAGAUGGCUACUGACAUUUCUGAAUCCAGCGGGGCGGAUUGCAAAGGCGAUACGAAGAACAGUGCCAAGUUAGAUGCGGAUUACCCUCUUCGAGUCCUUUAUUGUGGAGGGUCACUUGGGUCUUGCGUCCUGGCCUGGAGGAGUUUCCUGGCCAAUUGAAGUAGAGAGAUACCAGGAGCCUGAUCCCAGCCUGACUGGUGUUCCUUUGUAAGGAAAGCUUGUUGGAAGCUAAGGAGCCUUGGGGAUAGUGAAGGAUGGAAGAGCUAAGUCUGUUCAUUACCAACAGAGUACUGUGAAUACAUGCCGGAUGUUGCUAAAUGUAGACAAUGGCUAGAGAAGAACUUUCCAAAUGAAUUUGCAAAACUUACUGUAGAAAAUUCACCCAAACAAGAAACUGGAAUUACUGAAGGCCAAGGACCAGUAGGGGAAGAGGAGGAGAAGAAAAAACAAAAAAGAGGUGGAAGAGGUCAAAUAAAACAGAAGAAGAAGACAGUACCACAGAAGGUCACGAUAGCCAAAAUUCCCAGAGCAAAGAAGAAAUACGUGACGAGAGUGUGUGGCCUUGCAACUUUUGAAAUUGAUCUCAAAGAAGCACAAAGAUUUUUUGCUCAAAAAUUCUCGUGCGGUGCCUCAGUGACAGGGGAGGACGAGAUCAUCAUUCAGGGAGACUUCACAGAUGACAUCAUUGACGUCAUUCAGGAAAAGUGGCCAGAGGUGGAUGACGACAGCAUUGAAGACCUUGGAGAAGUGAAGAAGUGAUCCUGAAGUCAUGUGUUUCUAACUGUGACCUGAGAGCUGACACGGCCAGCAGAGGAGAGGCCUUUCAGAAUAUAUACAUAUGUACAUUUGUGUGUAUAUAUACCCUACAGUAAAGCUGUCGACUCCUCGUCCUCGGCGUCCUCACUGUUCCGUACAAGGCUGCUUGCUUGCUUGGUUGGUUGGUUUGGUUUGUUUUUUUUUAAAUUGCCAAAGUCUGAAAAGUGAGAGAGAGAGAGAGACUGUCAUGCUUAUGCAUGACUCUGAAUUUAGUCAAAUAAAACAUUUUGGUCAUUUGGUACUGAUUUUUUUUUUUCUCUUUUUUAACUUUUCAUUUUUAGAAAAACACUCUAGAUUGUCCCUCCACUCAGUGCUGUCAGUGAACCCAGGGCCUCGUGCAUGCUGGGCAAGCACUGGCACUUCUCUGUGGGAAGUUUCUGUUGGUUAGCUUACGGGUAGAGAGCUGAGCAAACUUCACAGAAGAAUUUGUCUUUCAUUUCCUUACUAUAAGUGUGUCUCCUUGGUUGGUGAGACUCUAAUGGACUUUUAGUUGGAUUAGUUCCUUCAUUAGCAAAAGUCCACUUUGUCACAGGGUGGGUAGGUUUGCUCAAGCUGUUUGGAGAUUACUUGGUACAGUGUGUUAAACGCCUUAGAACCCUGUGCACUGUUUGACCCAGUAAACCACUUCAACACUAUCAUAAGCUAAGGGCAAGUCCUGAUACAACUCAUGGAUGAGGGUGCCAGGCAAUGUUACAAUGUUGGAGCUUAUAAAUAGUACAGACUGGGUACAGAAAUGGUGCAGCCUGUGGUAGGAUACUAUAUAUUUGAAAAUGCCUUUUCCAAGAAUAUUAGGAACCUGUUUGGUGAUGUUGACUAAGACUGCAAAUUUGUUUUAGACAUUUAUUCUUCCUGUUGGGAGUGACAGAUGCUCAGCAGAGCCAGGAACUCUUACUCUGCCUAUUUACCGUGGGGUAAAAUUCUAACCAGUUAAAAACAGCUUCUAUCUGUUUUCAGUCUAUAGUUUGGGAAAUAGCAAUUAAACUAUCAUACUGAGAAACUAGUCAUUUUAAUGAAUCGGGUGAACUUAAGUUUUGAAAAUCAGGUGUUAACAUGUGAAAGUCUUUUAUCUUUUAAAUGCCUUAAGUGUGGGAAUAUAUGUAGCUGGGCAGAAGUGCUUACCUACCAUGCUUGUAGCGUCACAAACACAAGUUGUUAAAGAUUCCUUCAAGAAUGUAGAGUCCACGAAAUCAUUAUGUGAAAACAUCCUUCCUUGAAUGAAAGGAUGCUUUUUUUGUUUGCUUUAAAGUCUUAGAAUAAAAUGUGUAAUAAAGAUGUGAAGUUAAGGGCUACA